AUGAAUGAUUUAGACGCUCCUUAUCUUAAAAAUUUUAUUUUUGAUUCAAUUUUAAAUGAAGAUCCAAGAUUGAAAUAUAUUGUUUUACUUGGUUAUAUAUUUAACAAAAAGGCGUUAUUAAUGAUUGAGAAAACAGCCUUUGAUCCUUUUGAUAUAAGUUUUUUUAUUGGAGAAAACGGAUUACAUUUGAACUUAAUUGGGAAAAACGAUGUAUAUCACCUAUUUUCAGCAACAAUAGCUGAACAUAGUAAAGAAAAAGCUCAGUUUAAGGUUACUCUAAUUUAUCCUGCUUCUGAAACACAUAUCAAGAAGUAUUCUAAACAAUCUAAAUUUAGAAUUGAAGAAACCCCGGAAAUAUAUGAACUCUAUGUCAAACCAUAUAUACAAACAAUGAAAGGACCUAAGAUCCAAUGGGUAUAUAAUAUAUUAGACCAUCUAGCUGAACAAGAACAUAUUCUUUUUAAAGAUCCUGAUACAACAAACGGAUUUGUUGUACUACCAGAUUUAAAAUGGGAUAGAAAAACUAUUUCUGCACUUUAUUAUAUUGCUAUUAUUAAUCGACAAGAUAUUUCAUCUUUAAGAGACCUGAGAAAAGAACAUAUUCCUCUUCUUCUUCAUAUAAAGCAAUCAGCAUUAGAUAGCAUUCUUCAGAAACAUCCAGAACUGCGUAGAAAUCAACUAAAAUUAUUUAUUCAUUACCAACCUUCUUAUUAUCAUUUUCAUGUUCAUAUUGCACAUAUUGAUUGUGAUACAGGUGAUGGAAUGGAUAUUGGCAAAGCUUAUUUACUAGAAGAAAUAAUUGAUCAGCUCGAAAAAAUGCCAAAUGAAAUUACAUUUUCUCACCGAACAUUUACUUAUUUUCUUGGUGAAAAAAGUGAUCUUUGGGUCAAUGUAUUUUCAAAAAUACAAAAUAAUUAA